UUCUGUAGGCAUCUUGAUAUGUUUAAGAACUGUUUCUUAGAUGUUGUGUUGGUUGAAAUUGGAACGCAAGCUUUUUAUAUUUAUCUCAUGGUUCAUGCUGUGCUGAAACUGUUUACCUGCUUUUGAAGUUUACUGUAGUUACCUGACAUGGUAUUUAGAGAAUUUUCAUUGAGUCUUCAUUUUUGGUGCAAUUUGAACUGAGAAGUAUUGAUGGAAGAAAAGCCAUUCACAGCAUGGUCAUGGUCAGUUGAUCAGUGUUUGAAAGAGUAUCAUGUAAAACUUGAGAAGGGUCUGGGCACUUAUGAGGCUGAGAAGCGACGUGAAAGGUAUGGUUGGAAUGAGCUUACCAAAGAGAAAGGGAAGCCCUUAUGGCAGCUUGUAUUAGAUCAGUUUGAUGGUACACUUGUGAAGAUACUUCUAGUUGCAGCUUUCAUCUCGUUUGCGUUAGCUUUCAUGCAUGGAAGUGAGUCAGGGGAGUCAGGGUUUGAGGCCUAUGUGGAACCAUUUGUGAUAGUUUUGAUUCUAGUGCUUAAUGCCAUUGUUGGUGUUUGGCAAGAGGGCAAUGCUGAAAAGGCACUUGAAGCUCUUAAACAGAUGCAAAGUGAAUGUGCAAAGGUUCUAAGGGAUGGGUAUUUGGUGCCAGAUUUGCCUGCAAGAGAACUUGUUCCUGGCGAUAUUGUGGAGUUGCGAGUUGGGGACAAAGUCCCUGCUGACAUGAGAGUUGCGGUUUUGAAAACCUCAACUUUGCGAGUAGAGCAGAGCUCAUUGACCGGAGAGGCAAUGCCUGUUUUGAAGAGCACUGAUCCUAUAUUAAUGGAUGACUGUGACCUGCAAUCUAAAGAGAGUAUGGUUUUUGCAGGCACAACAGUUGUAAAUGGUAGCUGUAUCUGUAUCGCUGUUAGCAUUGGGAUGAACACUGAGAUUGGAAAAAUACAAAAGCAAAUACAUGAGGCUUCUUUGGAAGAAGAUGACACCCCUUUGAAGAAGAAGCUAGAUGAGUUUGGGAGCAAGUUUACUACCGGGAUUGGGUCGGGUUGCCUCAUUGUUUGGGUUAUGAACUACAAAAAUUUAAUUUCAUGGGAGAUGAAAGAUGGAUGGCCAAUAAAUGUGCGGUUUUCUUUUGAGAGAUGCACAUACUAUUUUAAGAUAGCUGUUGCACUGGCAGUAGCUGCAUUCCCAGAAGGCCUCCCUGCUGUAAUUACAACUUGCUUAGCCCCUGGAACAAGGAAGAUGGCACAAAAAAAUGCAAUUGUGAGGAAACUUCCGAGUGUAGAAACCCUGGGAUGUACAAGUGUGAUUUGCUCAGAUAAAACGGGGACCUUGACGACAAAUCAGAUGUCUGUGACAGAAUUCUUUACUUUGGGUGGGAAGAUCACAGCAUCUCGAACAAUUCAUGUUCAAGGCACAACUUAUGAUCCCAAGGAUGGGGGAAUUGUUGACUGGACUUGCUUCAAUAUGGAUGCAAAUAUGCAAGCCAUGGCAGAAAUAUGUGCUGUUUGCAAUGACGCUGGGAUUUAUUUUGAUGGCCAGCUCUUUCGAGCUAUAGGUUUGCCAACUGAGGCAGCUCUUAAGGUUUUGGUUGAAAAGAUGGGAGUUCCAGACGUCAAGGCAAGGAACAAAAUUCGUGACUCACAGAUUGCUGCAAGCUACUUAAUUGACUCCACCUCAGUGAAAUUAGGCUGCUGUGAGCGGUGGACAAAAAGAUCGAAAAAGGUUGCUACCCUAGAGUUUGAUCGUAUCCGAAAAUCAUUGAGUAUUAUUGCUCGGGGGCCAACUGGGCAUAAUCGACUUCUUGUUAAGGGUGCUGUUGAGAGUUUACUAGAAUGAACUUCGCAUGUACAACUUGCAGAUGGAUCCCUUGUUCCAAUAGAUGAACCUUGUAAACAAUCAUUGUUACUGAGACUCUUGGAGAUGAUCUCAAAGGGUCUAAGGUGCUUGGGCUUUGCAUAUAAAGAUGACUUGGGAAAGCUCUCAGAUUAUUCUUCUAGAAGUCAUCCAGCUCACAAGAUGCUGCAGGAUCCAACCUGCUACUCCUCCAUCGAAAGUGACUUAGUUUUUGUUGGAAUUGUUGGCUUAAGAGAUCCUCCUCGUGAUGAAGUUGGCAAAGCAAUAGAAGAUUGUAAAGAAGCUGGAAUUAGAGUUAUGGUUAUAACUGGAGAUAAUAAGUCUACAGCUGAAGCAAUCUGUCAGGAAAUCAAUUUGUUUUCCAAAAAUGAGGAGGUCAAAGGCAGAAGCUAUACAGGUAAAGAGUUCAUGACUCUAUCACCAUCACAACAAAUGGAAAAUUUAUCAAAACCAGGAGAGGUUUUCUCUCGUGCCGAGCCUAGACAUAAGCAAGAAAUAGUAAGGAUGCUGAAAGACAUGGGGGAGAUUGUUGCAAUGGCUGGAGAUGGAGUGAACGAUGCACCGGCACUUAAACUUGCAGACAUUGGAAUCGCCAUGGGCAGUACUGGAACUGAGGUAGCUAAAGAAGUUUCAGAUAUGGUUUUGGCAGAUGAUAAUUUCAGUACCAUUGUUUCAGCUGUUGCAGAGCGCCGUGCCAUUUACACUAACAUGAAAGCUUUUAUCAGGUACAUGAUAUCUUCAAAUGUUGGAGAGGUAAUAUCCAUAUUCUUGACCGCAGCGUUGGGAAUACCCGAGUGUAUGAUACAUGUGCAGCUCCUUUGGGUAAAUUUGGUUACAGAUGGACCACCUGCAACAGCUCUAGGCUUUAACCCUGCUGACAUUCACAUUAUGAAGAAACCACCACGCAAAAGCAAUGAUGCUCUUAUGAAUUCUUGGGUUCUUUUUCGUUACUUGGUAAUUGGUUCUUACGUGGGCAUUGCUACAGUUGGAAUCUUCAUACUGUGGUACACUCGGGCUUCAUUCAUGGGUAUCAAUCUUGUGAGUGAUGGACAUACACUAGUAGAAUUGUCUCAGCUCCGAAAUUGGGGCGAGUGUUCGUCGUGGUCAAAUUUUACAGCAGCUCCGUUCAUGGGUAAUGGGGGGAGGAUGAUCACUUUCACUGACCCUUGUGACUAUUUCUCUGUUGGUAAAGUGAAGGCAAUGACUCUGUCACUCUCUGUCCUGGUGGCAAUUGAGAUGUUCAAUUCUCUUAAUGCUCUUUCUGAGGACAUUAGCCUGCUCAAAAUGCCUCCUUGGAAGAACCCUUGGCUUUUGGUUGCCAUGGGAGUCUCAUUUGGACUCCAUUGCCUCAUUCUUUACGUUCCAUUUUUAGUAGAUGUGUUUGGUGUUGUCCCUUUGAAUCUGAACGAGUGGCUUCUCGUAGUUUUGAUUUCGGCACCAGUGAUCCUCAUCGAUGAGGUUCUCAAGUUAGUAGGGCGGAGUAGACAAUGGAGAGCAAAGAAGGAUAAGACAGCAUGAUUAAAUCUCAGGAUAUGAUCAGA